ACCCCACCCCUGCUGGUAUCCUGAGAAUGGGUGUCCAGGAAUGGCUUCCCUCCUUGGACAGACCCUUCCCUGUCUAGUUUGGAGAAUUCUACGAAGGAGGGCAUGUAAGGUGGCCCCUCAGGGGGGCUACACUUCAGCCCUCCCUCUUCUCCCUACAGCCCUGCCCUCAGCACAGAGACUGCAGCGGUGAGGGGCCUGGAGAAGCCCAGGAUGGGGCUCCGGAAGGAAAAAAAUGGAACAAAGAGACCUCUGAUGUCCCCCUUCUCCGGCCACAAAACUCUCUUCCUCUCAGUCCUGGAAUCUGCCCUAGAUGGAGUAGUCAGGACUCACACGCUUUCUAGGUAGAAAGGCCCAGCACCCAUGGUCUCCAUCUUGGCCAUGUCUCUCCCCUUGGAAUGAACUUACCAGCUGUUGGAGCAGGAGAGGACGAAAGAUGUCAAUUGCCUGAGUUGACCGGCUGGCCCUGGCUCAUCCAGCCAUCCCCGGAGCGGGCUGCUGCUGAAGGCGUCGAGCUGGGAGGGCGCUGGGACACAACCGUUCAGGUGGCUAGGAGCUCUGCCAGCUCUGGUGACCUUGGCGCCCGGGGCCGAGCCUCCGCUGCACCAUGUGAUUGCUUGAAAGGCCGGGCUGGGAGAGCUGCGGCGGGAGCCGGUGGACGAUGAGCCGCUGCGCGGUGCCUGGAGCCCAGCCCUGCCCGGCGCGGCCCCGCAGCUCUGCGCGCCGCCAGGUGCCAAGAACUUUGGGCACCUCCUCCGGGACCCCCUGGUGGCCAGCGGGCAGGAUGGCAUGCUUCCCCACCCCAGGCUUCCGUGACCACAGGUACCUGCCUCCUGACCCUUGGUGCCCGUCCGCUGAUGUGCCUGGCCUGUGCCUGCCAUGCCGCCCUCCAUCUCGGCCUUCCAGGCCGCCUACAUUGGCAUCGAGGUGCUCAUCGCCCUGGUCUCUGUGCCCGGGAAUGUGCUGGUGAUCUGGGCGGUGAAAGUGAACCAGGCACUGCGGGAUGCCACCUUCUGCUUCAUCGUCUCGCUGGCGGUGGCUGAUGUGGCGGUGGGCGCUCUGGUCAUCCCACUAGCCAUCCUCAUCAACAUUGGGCCACGGACCUACUUCCACACCUGCCUCAUGGUCGCCUGCCCUGUCCUCAUCCUCACCCAGAGUUCCAUUCUGGCCCUGCUGGCAAUCGCCGUGGACCGCUACCUCCGCGUCAAGAUCCCCCUCCGGUACAAGACGGUGGUGACUCCGCGGAGGGCGGCGGUGGCCAUCGCCGGCUGCUGGAUUCUCUCCUUCGUGGUGGGCCUGACGCCCCUGUUCGGCUGGAACAGGCUGGGGGAGGUGGAGCGGGCCUGGGCGGCCAACGGCAGCGAGGGCGAGCCCGUGAUCGAGUGCGAGUUUGAGAAGGUCAUCAGCAUGGAGUACAUGGUCUACUUCAACUUCUUCGUCUGGGUGCUGCCCCCGCUGCUGCUUGUGGCCCUCAUCUACCUGGAGGUCUUCUACCUGAUCCGCAGGCAGCUCAGCAAGAAGGUGUCCGCCUCGUCCGGCGACCCGCAGAAGUACUACGGGAAGGAGCUGAAGAUCGCCAAGUCGCUGGCCCUCAUCCUCUUCCUCUUCGCCCUCAGCUGGCUGCCCCUGCACAUCCUGAACUGCGUCACGCUCUUCUGCCCUUCCUGCCAGAAGCCCAGCAUCCUCAUGUACAUCGCCAUCUUCCUCACACAUGGCAACUCGGCCAUGAACCCCAUCGUCUAUGCCUUCCGCAUCCAGAAGUUCCGGGUCACCUUCCUUAAGAUUUGGAAUGACCAUUUCCGCUGCCAGCCCGCACCCCCCGUGGACGAGGACCCCCCGGAAGAAGGGCCCCACGACUAGACUCCACCUUCCGCUCCUGCCUGCCCACGUCGGGGGCGUCUCAGCCCAGUCCCACCUCCCCACUGGUCCCACUCCUGAGCCUUCCUGGCUGGGCUGUGGGGUGUGGGUGCCCUGCACCUCGGGCCCUGGAGGAGGUUUGGGAGGGCGGUCCAUGGGGGAGAAACCCGGUAACCUGAGGAGAGGAGGAAAGCGGCUUGAGCCUCCCCAGCUGUGUGACCAUCCUACGGGCAGCCCAGUGCUUCAGGCUGGACGGACUGGGGAGACUGAGGCUGCAACGGGGCCACGUGGGCAAGCUUGGGCUCCCAUGGUAGUCAGGGCAGCCUGCUUGUCUCUGGCGGUAGUGGUACAACCCUGGGACCAAGUCUAAGGAGAGGAGAGGAUCCCCUCCAAGA